AUGGAUCGCGCUAGAAAACGUGAAUUGCGUUCUCUGAACGAGCGCGCGUGGGCGGGCGAGACUGACCUGUUCGAGGUCAAUAAGCCCCUCGACUCGAAACUGGCAAAGCACACCGCCUACAUCAAGCGAUUGCGCACCGCCGUGACAGCCGCCACCCUGCCCACCUUUAUUCAAGAAAUCCGAACCCUCAGCCUGCACCGAUACCUGUCCGAGAUAAUUUCCGCCUGCUACGAAGGACUCACCAAGUUGAAGGCCACAGGAGGCGACGUCGAGGCUGGAGUCGAGAUUGUGAGCGCCCUGCACCAGCGCUUCGGGCCCGAUGAGUUCACCCAGCAGCUUGCAUGGCAGCUUGGCCGGGGCAUCGCCACUCUAGACAAGAGCUACUUGAAAUCCCUGCCUCCGGAUGUACGAGAGAAGGAGGAGAAACAGCGGCCACUCCGCCAGAAGGCCCUGCUUCGAGUUAUUACUGAGCUCUGGCUCGUCGGCGUUUUGAGGACCCUCGAUGACGUUAUUCCCGACGACUCUGUCAAGGCUGCUUCCGGCAAGAUCCCGGAGCUGAAGGCCCGGAGCACGAAGGGAGGCGGCGCGGAGCCUUUCCCACUAGAGGUCCUGAAGGACUUGCUGGGCCACGAUCGUGAUCAUUCCAAUUUGCCCCUGCUCGUCACCUUUGUCAAGACUUUUGCCUGGGAUAUCUUGGGUGUCAGGAAGACAGCAGGAACCGAAGGUCGGAGAGCUGCGGAUGAAGAAGGCGUAGGCAAGGCAACCGAGGGUUCUGGGGAGAACGAGGAUGGCGAGCUGUCAAGUGAUGACCCGCCUCUGGUCUCACCUGAACUUCAGGAACGCUUCAAGAACAUCCUCAAGCGCUAUUUCGAAGAUGUGAAGACUCACCUUCUCCGAGAUCAGAAGGCUAUUUUCUCCCAGUCCCGUAAGAAUGCUGAGGCAUACGUCAAAUCCGGAGAGGUUUUCGAAGAUCGACAGGCGAACUUUGACAAGCAACUCAAAGCCCAGGAACGCCUGGUUGCCAACGCCCAAAUUCUCGCCGACACUCUAGGGCUAGAAAUGCCAGAUCUGAAGGACCACGAAGCUUCGAAUGCGCUGGCGAAUGGGGGUAUCGGCAUCGUGAAGGCGGGCGAAUACCUGCGUGGACAGGGAGAUGGAGCAGGCAUCUGGCAGGACGAGGAUGAGCGCCGCUUUUACGAAAACCUUGCAGAUCUCAAGGGAAAGGUUCCUGGAAUUCUCCUCGAGGACGCCAAGAAAAAGAAGCCCGAAGGUGAUGAGCAAGUUGGCAAAAAGGCUGACUCUGCCGAAAACGGUGAUGCGUUGAAGGCAGCCGAUACUUCUUUGGACGACCAGACGACUGCGAUCGCCAACAAGACCAUCGGAGCUCAGGUCGAUGCCAUCAUCUUGCGUCUGCCUGACCUUACAACCAAGGAAACCAUUGAUCAGACUGCCAUCGACUUCUGCUUCCUCAACUCCAAGGCGUCGCGGAACCGCUUGGUCAAGGCUCUCACGGAUGUCCCCAAGAACCGCGGUGAUCUUCUCCCUUGCUGGGCCAGACUCAUUGCCACCCUCGGUCGCUACAUGCCGGAUAUUCCCAAAGGUGUGAUCGAGUACUUGGAUGCCGAGUUCCGCAGUCUGCAAGCCCGCAAGAGCAAGGAGUUCUUGGCUCAAGUCCGGAUUGGCAACAUUCGCUACCUAGCGGAGUUGACCAAAUUUGGCAUUGUCCCUGAGCACACCGUCUUCCACUGCCUCAAGGUCUGCUUGGACGACUUUUCCAAAAUGAACAUUCAGAUCAUUUGCGACCUCCUUGAGAACUGCGGUCGGUACCUGCUGCGGAACCCGGAAACUUCGCCUCGCAUGACCUCCUUCUUGGAGACCCUGCAGCGCAAGAAAUCCGUGCAACACAUCGGACCCAACGAGCGGAUGCUGAUUGAGAACGCUAUUUACUAUGUCGAUCCACCCGAGAGACCUGCCAUCCAGCAGAAGGAACGAACUCCUCUUGAGCUAUUCGUCCGACAGGCGCUCGAAAAGGUCUUCUCCAAGCCCGGCAAGGUCAAGUAUGGUGCAAUCCACCUUCUCGCCUCUCUGCUUGCGCACCUCUACAGGUAUCGCACAGAGUUCGUCGUGAACGUUGUUGACAACGUUGCCGAGUCUAUCAGUGCUGGUCUGGAGCAACAUGACUUCAAGAACAACCAGCGGCGCAUCGCGGAGGUCAAGUACUUGGCGGAGAUCUACAACUAUCGUCUGGUCGAACACGCCGUUGUAUUCGAUGUCAUGUACAAGAUUAUGACCUUCGGUCACGGCGGUCCGCCGGUUCCAGGGCGGCUGAAUCCAUUCGAUUUGCCUGACGACUUUUUCCGCAUCCGCCUCAUCUACUUCAUCCUCGAGGCUUCAGGUGUCUACUUUAAUAAGGGUCCUGCAGGCAAGAAGCUUGACUACUUCCUCUCCUUCCUUCAGUAUUACAUCUUCACCAAGAAUCCUCUGCCUAUGGACAUCGAAUUUCUAGUUCACGACAUCUACACUGGUACCAGACCGCAGUGGAAGCUGGCAUCAAACCUGGAGGAGGCCAGCAAGGCGUUCCAGCUGGUCCUAGCACAGGAUCGAAAGGCGGCUGGGCUUGAUGGACCAGAGCUCCAAGAACAAGAUGAUGACAGCAGUGGUUCGUCGACAGAAGACGAGAUGGCAGAUGUGGAUGAUGAUGACGAUGCUGAGGUCGAUGAGGAUGAGGUUGCAGCAUCUGACGAUGAAGAUGAAGACGAAGACGAUGAAGUGCGUUUGGUUCCUCCGGUAUCCAGCUACACAAUCACUGACCAAGAAUCUGCGGAGCAGGACGAGGACCGGCAGACGACUUCUGAGGAAUCUGUCGACGAGGCUAUCAUCGUCACUCGGCAGGAAGAGGAAAUCGACCCCGAGGAAGAUGCUGACUUCGAGCGAGAGUAUGCGAAGAUGAUGUCCGACAGUCUCGAAUCCAGGAAGCUCGACCGACGCCCUGUGUUUGACGUCGCGCUCCCAGUCCGGUCGAGGCCGCGAGAGGCAACCCUUUCCAUGGACCAAGGCGAUGGUGAUUCCGAGGCACCAGCCCCGGCCCCUAAAAUGGCGUUUUCGGUGCUCACGAAGAAGGGGAACAAGCAACAGGUCAGCUCCUCCAUGUUUAAUGCGGGAAUAAGAGCUAAUUGUGACCAGACCCGAACGCUGGAACUUCCCACUGACUCCCACUUUGCGGUUGCUAUGAGAAGCCAGCAACAGGCGGAGCGAGAGGAACAGCAGCGCAUCAAGAAUCUCGUGCUCAACUACGACCUUCGUGAGAACGAUGGGGAAGAGGGUUCUGACAGCAAGCCAAUUACCCACCAUCACAACCAUCGCUACGACAAGGCCAACAACAAAAACCCAGGACAGCGAGUCAAGAAGCUCCAGUUCGAAGACUUUGAGUGGUAUGAGAAUUCCGCACGCAUAGAAAAGCUCGACGACGUUCCUGGGCGCGUCCGCACACGGCGACAGCUACAGCGUCUAUCAAAAUCCGAUCUGGGGCCUGUGAAUGAGGAUGCCGAAACCCAUGACACCAUGGAUGAUUUCACUAUGAACCCCCUCGCUGCCUACCCCAGCAGCCCUUUGUCCCCCAGCGAUCAGUUCACUGACUAG